AUGCAGAGGCUGUGUGGUAUGCGCCCCGAAGGGCUGACGGUCCAGUCGAGGUUCAGCCCUCUACCGUCGAUGUGUUUCUUCGACACAAUUCUCGUCCCCUUGCCGGCGUGGAUCCGUCUCGUCGUUACCUUCGCCUUGUUCCAUUUCGUUGUCCGGGUCCUCAUUGUCGAAAAGAUCAAGCGGUACGCCGUCAAGAAGGAAUGGCAGAGGCACGCCCAGCUGUCCUUCUACUACUUUUCGAUCCUUGUUGUCUUCCUCAUGGAGAUCCUUGAAAUGGCACGGCUAGUGGGGCUCCGCUUCGCCAUCGGUCUGAUCCCCUUUGUGUUUGCUGGCUGUGGUGUAAGCGCGGCCAUGCAGGCUACCCGUGGUGCCAAGGGCCGGAUACGCAACUGGCAGCCGGCCAACGUGAUCUUCUGGAUCAUGAGCGUCGCUAUCACCAUCCUCAAGAUCCUUACAAUCCAGCGGUCCAGCAUGCGCAGUCCGGAGUUCAGGCGGAUGGGCUCCGACUACCCUACGACCCAUCAGGUGCAGGACUUGGCCAUCAUCGCUGGGUUCUAUUUCCUGCUCCUCGUCAACGAGAUUGCGCUCAUGUUCCAGAAGACUUGGGAAGAGACCGUCGAUGGCGAUAACAUGAAGAAGCUGCGCCUUACCCGGUCGAUCAGCGACCAGGCCCAGUACGACCUCACCCGCGCUAUCGAGGAGGGCUACUACCCGUCCGGCGUUACUUAUCUCACGCUCAGGCUGGAGGGCGAAACCGCCAGCGAAAAGGCCGCCAGCAAGGACGAUAUCCUCAAGAAAACUGCUAGCAUGGACCCCUCCAUCGCGGGAUCCUCGUCCAGCGAGAAGACGGCAGGCAAGAGAACAAUGGAAGAAGACAAGAUCGAGCCCGUGCCCCUGAUCCCGCCCAGCUUCCGGCGCAACAGCGAACGCUGGUCCUCAGCCAUGACGCUCAGGGACGCCGGCGCCGAAGACAACAUGAACGAAAAGAUCGGCGGCAAGGACACGAAGAAGCGUGGCAGCGAGAGAUGGUCUUCCACUAUGACGAUCAAGGAGCCUAUACACCAUGAAGGUCACGACAAGCGCAUCUCGAGCUUCGCCACCCCCAUGGUCGCUGAUAUUGACGAAACCACUCCCCUGGAGCACUCACCAUCGACUUCAUCAUCUCGCUACGAAGACGAGCACGCCGCUCAGAAGAACAUGCUCCUUGACAGCCCGUUCCCCAUAAAAGAGCCCGCUGAGAGGCGGUCCUUCUUGCUCAAGCCUUCGCGUCCUAACACGGAACGGUGGUCCAACGCGAUGACUCUCCGCGGCGAACCGUCGUCGGCGAACCAAGAACCUCCUCCCAAGGAUUACGUUUCCGACAUGGAGGCCCCUUCUCCCCCCAACAUGCCUUCUGCGUCCGGGACGGCACCAUCGACUCCGGAGCGCAAGGCCUCUCACAGCGAAAGAAAUAUGAUGAGGCGGUGCUCUGACGCGUCGGCGAGGUCUAUCAGGCGAUUCUCGGGACGCAGCGACCUCCGCGAGGCGGCAGCUACCGCGGCGGCGUUCAUGGAAGGUGACGCGCCGAUUCCGUCACCAUUCCAGUCACCGCCCCUGUCGCCAACGGAGAUGCAGCCGCUGCAGCCGGAACAAUACGACAUCAACCACACGCAUCCAUGA